UUCCUCGUCCUCGCCUCACCUCACCUCUCCACGAUCCACACCAUUGUUGCAGCGGCCGCGUGGACAGAAGCAUCGGUAUCAACAGUUCCAGCGCAUCAUGUCGGACCCAGGAGCAAACUUCGACAAGGACCACUGGUACCACAUCCAAACCCAAGGCAAUCGUGACCAGUAUGUCAUCGGCACGUACCUGUACGCAGACAACGGCACCGUGGGCGGUGUAUUCAACAACAACAUUGACGGCGGAAAGCCAGAGGAGCAGCGAUGGCAGUUCUUCCCUGUUGGAGACUCUUUCGUCCUCCGCACAGUCGCGUCCGGCCACACCGGCUACCUGCGCGCCGUGUACUCGGUCAACGAGACGUACAACAACGGCCGCACCGUCGUGGCCAUGGCCAACGAGACGCUACUUGACCCUGGCGAAGUCGCUGGCGGAGAUGGCAAUGCGAGCAUUUUCUGGAACGUCGGUUUCUGGGAUGACGGUUCGCAAUAUCUGUGGAAUCGCGACAACGGCUCCGACUGGCGCCUGCUCAUGAAGCCAAACGCCUUCACCGUGCUCGACAGGAACCUGACCGGACCACCGGACGGUAUGCGGUUCAAUCUGAGUCGCGCGGACCCGAUCAGCGACCAGCGCUACUCCUCGAUCCUGCUGCCCUCGGCUGGUGGAGUCACAACGGCGACGUUGUCGGGCGCGCCCACGGGUGCGGCGACAGGGGGUACGGACAGCGGAUCAGGCGGGCUCUCGACAGGUGCUCAAGCCGGAAUCGGUGUCGGUGUCGGAAUCGUUGGUCUCGUGGCGAUAAUACUGGGCGUAUGGUUCCUCCUCCGAAGACGGCAACAGACACGGCGUGUGCAUGACGCGCCGAUAGCUCAGAGUGAACAGUACCACACUGUGGACAAGAAAUACUUCCCAGAUGGACCGCCGGACAGCUAUGCGGAGCUGGGAGGUGGACAGGGAAGUUUUCCGGCCGAAAUGUUUGCCGAAGGUGGAAUGCACAAGGUCAACAAUACGCCAGCCGAACUGCCCAGCGAGCCAGCCGUCACGAAUAGGCCACCGAAUAGCUGAUAGCUCAUCAAACAGACUCCUGCUCAGUGUGUUGCUACCCAAAUCUCGUAAACCAUCGACCACUUCCAUCGCUAGCCACAGCCUCAAUACCCUCAAACGCUCUACAAGAGCACCGCCCAACACCACAGAAUAGCUCUUUUGUCCCCUCUAGAUUAUUCAGCCCGCAAUUUCCCAUCUUAGAUAUUUCCUUGGUAUAGCAUUCAUAGUAGGAGAUCUAGCAUUUGCAUCACGGAUUAGGAGUUCUCUGACAUGUAUAUUACCAUACUGAAAGUCGAUAGAUAAUCCAUUGCACUAAAACACGUGGCGCCACACCGUCUCUGAGAUAGACGAUCGUUCCAGAUCCUAAUCCACCUCUUGAUAGCGGUAGAUAUGAGGAGACCAUGGCGACUGUAGACGGCACUGCGCGACACGGCCCACGCAUCCAG